UUUCUUUUUCUGAUAGUUUAACGUUUUAAUGUUGUAAUUAUUAAUUAUUAAUAUUUAAUUUUUUUUGCUAUUAUAACUUUUUUAAUGAUAUUUUUGAAAGUGAUUGGCUUUUUUAGAUUAGCUCGUUGCGCUGCAAAUUUAAAUCUUGUUCUACUAGUGUUAUCGAUUUUAUUUCAAAUUUUAUUUGCAUAUCAGCAAGGUGCCUUUGACAAGCCAUUAGAAUUUGUCAAAAACAAGUUUCACAACGGAAACACACAAAAUAAAAAUUCCAAGGUUGUUCCCGAUGUGUUUCCCACCAGUCUUAAUAAGAUGAUUCACGAAGAUUUGGAUUAAUGAACUCUUUUUGUUUAUAUGGAUUUAAUAAUAAUAAAACCAAAUCGUUGAUGUAAAUGCAUAUUAAAUUAUCU